AUGGCGUCUGGUUUCGAAAUCCUUGGCCUGAUUGGCAGUAUUGUCAUCAUCGUCGACACUACUAUUGAGGUGUAUGAUGCGAUCAAGAACCUCCAUGGACUACCCGAAGCAUUCCAGCAAGUGAGCAACCGGCUUCCACUUGUCAAAAACGCCUUUGAAGAUGCGAAAGGGCCGGCAAAGAAUGCGAGUUCCAACGAUGAGAAAGCGCUAAAGGAACUCCUCGAAAGCUGUGAGAAAAAAGCCAGGGAGCUGCAGAAGAUCUUCAUGAAAAUUGCCAAAAAGUCAACGGGUAGCGAACCUGUCAUUUCGGUGUAUCGCUCACUUGUCCUUAAGCUGGGCAAGAAGUCUCGAGUUGAAAUUUUGAUGGAUGAUAUUUUGAAAGAUCUACAAGUCAUGGUUGCGCACAGCGUAUUUCGAGCCGCCACGCAGAAGAGAGUCGAGGAGGUGGAGAGAGCUAGACAGGAGCUGGCGGAAGUGCCUCCAUCACUAUCCGACUCUGAUUUCGAUGAAAGGCCUGAUACUGCUAACCAGUAUGGCGACGGCAAUCGCCAAUACAAUGCUUUCGGUGGCAUACAGAAAGAUGUUGAUGGUAGCUACUUUGAGGCAGGGAGGGAUCAAAAUUUUGGUACGAUGCCACUCGAAGCGUCUAAGAAGGAAUGA